AGUAUUUUGAAUUUCGGUCGAGUUAGCGUUAAUUUCUGUUUUUACUUUUAUUGUUCAUUCUUGCGUUUUCGUGAUUUACGCUCGGUUCUCUUGUCGUUGUUUGUGUAGGAAUUUACCCUUUGUGUAUGCAUAAUACACGGCGUGCUAAUUUCCCGCUAGAACCUUUUCAAGAGGAUCUCGGUAGUUACGAAAGAGGAGUGAGAAGAAGAGCCCGGAUUCCUUUAGUUAUGGAGGGUGACGGACAUGGUUAUGAGGUAGAGGAAGGAUUCAAUCCUCUAGUGGACGAAGGGGAACAACAAUACCCACCCCCUCCUCCACUUGAGAAUGUGAAUCAACAAAGGCAACAAGAGCGACCAAGGGAGGUUCGCCCUCGAGUGCAACCGCAAGUGCAAAAUCAACCGAGGCAAACUUUGGGCGAGUUCUUCUUGCCGGAUGUGGAUAAUGCCACGUUUGGAUGUUUUGCUAUGCCGGUUCAAGCGGCAACUUUUGAGAUCAAGCCGAGUACUAUCCAACUCUUGGAGAACCGUUGUGCUUUCUUUGGGUUGAAGCAUGAGGACCCAAAUGCCCAUAUAGCCAAGUUCUUGGGGGUCCUUAACACGUUCAAGCUUCAUGGGAUAACCGCGGACCAAAUCAAGCUCCGGAUGUUCCCUUUUUCUUUGAGGGAUAAGGCUAGUUUGUGGCUUCAAUCUCUACCCAAUGAAUCGAUCCAUACUUGGAGGGAGUUGGCUCAAGCUUUCCUUAACAAGUACUUUCCACAUGGCAAGACAACGAAGCUAACCAAAGACAUUCUUGAGUUUGUGCAAUUCGACGGGGAGUCGCUCUAUGAAGCUUGGGAGCGUUUUAAGGAUUUACAAAGGAGUGUUCCCCAUCAUAAGCUUAACAAGGAGCAUGUGAUUCAGAUUUUUUAUGAUGCAACGAAUGUCACCACUAGAGCGACUAUUGAUGCGGCUUCGGGGGGGUCUUUGAUGCAAAAGACGUAUGAAGAGGCUCUUGAGUUGGUAGAAAAGUUGGCCAUGGUUAGUAGCACAUGGGGACCCACGGAAAGAAGGGCACCGGCUAGUCAAAAGUCGGUAAUGACGCUUGACCAAGUUAGAGAGAUGGAGGCUAUCAAGGAAAAAAAUGCUUCACUCCAAGCACAAUUGGAUGCUUUGAAAAAACAAGUUGCGCCUAGAAAUGCUCCGGUGGCUUAUGUUCAAGUCGGAUGUGAGUUUUGUGGUGAUUUCAACCAUUCGGGGGGAGAAUGUCUAGUUACGGGGCAAGCUUUGAGUGAGCAAGUAAACUAUGUCGGGGGUCAAAGACAAGCAAAUGAUCCUUAUUCCAACACCUACAAUCCCGGGUGGAGGAAUCAUCCAAACUUUGGGUGGAGAAAUCAAGAGGGGCAAGGCAAUGCUCAAGGGUCAAAUCAAGCGGGUUCAAGCUUCCAAAGCAAUAAUAGGCCUCCACAACAACAAGGUCACUAUCAAGGAAACCCAAACCAUGGGAACAAUUACGGUGGAAGACCACAACAUCCUCCCGGUUUUCAACAACCACGGAAUACGGAUGAGGGAAAUGUGCUUGCCAAGGUGCUUGAGAAAUUAGAGAAAAUGGAGCAAAGGGAGAAGAACCAAGCUUCCACUAUUCACCAUUUGGAAACUCAAAUUUCUCAAAUGGCUAUCUCACUUCAAGGUAGAACUCAAGGAGGGUUGCCAUCCACGACGGAAAAUAAUCCUAGAGAACAUGUUAAGGCGGUAGAGCUCCGAAGUGGGAGAAACCUUGAGAAAGCAAAUGGGAAGAAGCAUGUUGUGGAGGAAGAUGAACCCCAAAUUGUGAUUGAUAUAGCAAGCUCAAGCCAAGAAAUACCAAAGGAGCGUGAGGAGGUGGCUAUUGAGGUGGAAGAGCCUUAUGUGAGACCGCCACCGCCACCACCGUUUGUACCACCGGUUCCAUUUCCAAGCCGGUUAAGGAAAGCUCAAGGGAACGAAAAGUUUCAUAAGUUCCUUGAGAUUUUCAAGAAAUUGCAAAUUAACCUUAGCUUGGCGGAUGCACUCCGGGAGAUGCCGCAAUAUGCCAAAUUCUUGAAGGAUAUCAUUACCAACAAACGGAGUUGGGAUAGUGGUGCAACGGUUCCCAUUCCGGAAGUUUGUAGCUCAAUCAUUUUGAAUGAUUUACCGGCUAAGUUGAAGGACCCAGGGAGUUUUUCUAUACCUUGCACUAUUGGCACUAUGAGUUCUAUAAAUUGCUUAUGUGAUCUUGGUGCUAGCAUUAAUCUUAUGCCUCUAACUCUUUUCAGGGAAUUAUGUGGAGAUCAAACCGUGAAGAGCACCUCGAUGGUACUCCAACUAGCGGAUCAUUCAUUGAAGAGGCCGUAUGGGAUUGUUGAGGAUGUGCUUGUGAAAGUGGAUAAGUUCAUAUUCCCGGUUGAUUUUGUGAUCUUGGAUUAUGCGGUGGAUAAGGAAUGCCCAAUGAUCUUAGGGCGGCCCUUUAUGAACACCGGGAGAGCUUUGAUUGAUGUGCAUGGAGGAAAAUUGACCUUGCGAAUCGAUGAGGAAACGGUUGAGUUCGAUAUGAAGAAAGCAAUGAGGAGUACCAUCGAGGAAGAAGAGUGCAUGAGGGUUGAUUUGGUAGAUGAAGUUGUGAGGGAUCAAGUCGAGGAAAACGUGGAAGCAUUCAACCGGGGAACGUUGGAAAAAUUUGACAAUUUCACCUAUGACCAGGAGCUUCUCGAUCGAGAAGCACAAUUACACCUUGCUUCUCGAUCGAGAAGAAGAGGUGAAAUUGGCAGAGAUUUCCAACCAAGAGCUUCUCGAUCGAGAAGCAACUCCCAGUCCACUUCUCGAUCGAGAAGCUCAGGAAGGGGGAAGAUGUCGCAAGUUUCAAAGGUUGUCUUCCAUUCCGAUGAUCUUAGUGAUGCAUACACCGAAGAUGAUGAACCUAAGCCGGAGAAUUUGAGCAAGAACGAUGGUGUGACUCCUCCAUCCUCCGAGUUACCACCAAUUGUUGAAAUGAAGCCGCUUCCGGCUCAUCUCCGGUAUACUUUUGUGGGGGAGAAUGAAACCCUACCGAUAAUCAUCUCCAACAAGCUUUCUACGGAACAAGAAAAGAGGGUUGUGCAAGUGGUGAAAGGGCAUGUGUUAGCCAUGGGGUGGCAAAUCUCCGACAUUCGUGGCAUAAGUCCUCAAGUGGUGAUGCACAAGAUCCACCUUGAGGAUGAAGCCAAGCCUUGUACUCAAAGGCAAAGAAGAUUGAACCCUAAUAUGAAGGAGGUUGUGCACAAGGAAAUAGUAAAGCUUCUAGAUGCCGGGAUUAUUUAUCCGAUCUCCGAUAGUGGUUGGGUUAGUCCGGUUCAAUGUGUGCCUAAGAAGGGAGGAAUGACGGUAGUGGAGAACGAGAAAGGGGAACAAAUCUCUACACGCACGGUUACCGGGUGGAGAGUUUGUAUUGACUAUCGAAGGUUGAACGCGGAGACUCGGAAGGACCACUACCCGCUACCAUUCAUCGAUCAAAUGCUUGAAAGGGUGGCGGGUCACAAGUACUAUUGCUUUCUCGAUGGAUAUUCCGGCUACAACCAAAUCUUGAUCUUUCCGGAUGACCAAGAGAAAACAACGUUCACAUGUCCCUAUGGUACUUUUGCGUACCGACGAAUGCCCUUCGGUUUAUGCAACGCACCCGCCACAUUUCAAAGAUGCAUGACCUCGAUAUUCAAUGAUAUGGUGGAAGAUAUAAUGGAGGUAUUCAUGGACGAUUUCUCCGUUUUUGGUGACUCGUUUGAUGGUUGUUUGGCGAAUCUUGAGCGUGUUCUAGCACGGUGUGAGGAGACCAACUUGGUGCUUAAUUGGGAGAAAUGCCAUUUCAUGGUAGAAGAGGGAAUUGUGCUCGGGCAUAGAAUCUCGGAAGCGGGUAUUGAGGUAGAUAGGGCAAAGACAGAGGUUAUAGAGAAGUUGGUGGCUCCGGUGACGGUUAAAGGAGUCCGGGCAUUUUUGGGCCACGCGGGUUUCUAUCGCCGGUUCAUCAAGGAUUUCUCAUCCAUUGCGAGGCCAUUAACGAGUUUGCUAGUAAAGGAUGCCCCAUUUGAGUUCACCAAGGAGUGUCAAGAGGCUUUUGAGAAAUUGAAGGAGGCCCUUGUGACCGCUCCUAUUAUUUCAUCUCCGGAUUGGAACUUGCCUUUUGAGCUUAUGUGUGAUGCAAGCGAUCAAGCCUUGGGAUGUGUAUUGGGUCAACGGAAGGACAAGAAAGUGCAUGUGAUCUAUUAUGCAAGUCGGACAAUGGCGGGGGCCCAACUCAACUACACCACUACCGAAAAGGAAAUGUUGGCGGUAGUUUUUGCUUUGGAUAAAUUUCGGCAAUACUUGCUUGGGUCCAAGUGUAUCAUCUACACCGACCAUGCCGCUUUGAAAUACCUCUUUACCAAGCAAGAUGCCAAGCCAAGACUAAUCCGAUGGAUCCUCCUAAUGCAAGAAUUCGACAUCGAGAUUCGGGAUAAAAAGGGCACGGAGAAUGUGGUGGCGGACCAUUUGUCAAGAUUCGAGAAUCCGGAGCCAAUUCCUCUCGGUAUGGAAAUCAACGAGUGGUUUCCGGACGAAACGCUUAUGGUGAUCCGGGAAAUGGAAACUCCAUGGUAUGCCGACAUUGCUAAUUUCCUUUCAUCUAAGGUAAUGCCUCCGGAUUUGACGCACCAUCAAAGGAAGAAGUUCCUUUCCGAUGCUAAGAGGUUUCUUUGGGAUGAGCCGUAUUUGUUUAAGGAAUGUGGAGACGGAAUGUUGCGGCGUUGUGUCGCUUUGAAGGAAAUGAUGCCCAUCUUGGAGGCUUGUCAUACAUCCGAUUACGCCGGUCAUUAUGGAGUGGCGAGGACCGCCGCUAAGGUAUUGGAGAGCGGAUUCUUUUGGCCUACCUUAUUCCGUGAUGCUAAGGACUUUGUGAGCCAUUGUGAUAGGUGCCAACGGGUUGGGAACAUUUCUAAAAGGGAUGAGAUGCCGUUAACUUCGGUACAAGAGGUAGAGAUCUUCGAUGUUUGGGGGAUUGACUUCAUGGGUCCCUUUCCGAUGUCGCAUGGGAACUUAUAUAUUUUAGUUGGCGUAUGUUACGUAUCGAAAUGGGUGGAAGCGGAAGCUCUACCUACCAAUGACGCCAAGGUAGUUUUGAAGUUCCUCAAGAGGUUGAUGAAUCGGUUCGGCACCCCACGAGUUAUUAUUAGCGACGGUGGAUCUCAUUUUUGCAACCGGCAAUUCGAUGCAUUAAUGAAGAAGUACAAUGUGUAUCACCGGGUUGCUACCCCCUAUCAUCCGCAAACAAGUGGGCAAGUUGAGGUCUCUAACCGGGAGUUGAAGCGAAUAUUGGAGAAGACGGUGAAUGGGACUCGCAAGGAUUGGAGUUUGAAGCUCGACGAUGCAUUAUGGGCAUAUCGCACGGCAUUCAAAACGCCAUUAGGUAUGACCCCUUAUCGCAUUGUGUAUGGGAAGGCAUGUCAUCUACCCUUGGAAUUAGAGCACCGGGCCUAUUGGGCGAUUAAAAAGUUGAAUUUUGAUCUAAAAGCGGCGGGGGAAAAACGCUUGUUGCAAUUGAAUGAAUUGGAGGAAUUCCGGUUCUUGGCAUAUGAGAAUGCGAAGCUCUACAAGGAGAAGACCAAGCGGUGGCACGAUGCCCACAUUUCCCCUAAAACUUUCGAAGUUGGAUCGUAUGUAUUGGUGUAUAAUUCGAGGUUAAGAUUGUUUCCGGGAAAGCUUAAGUCCCGAUGGAGUGGACCAUUUAAGAUUCGGAGUGUGGCGAAUCAUGGUGCCAUUGAGUUGGAGAAUCAAGGAGGUGAAACGUUUAAGGUCAACGGACACCGUUGCAAGCCUUACUUGGGGCCUUUAACGGAUCAAAAGGGGGAACAAUGUUAUCUCGACCCCGCCUCAUGA